CCCAGUCUACCGGUGGUUCACUCAGUCCAUGGUUCUCAGGCGGUGGUGACAGUCAUCAGUGGACCUGACCGGAGUGUCCACCUGCCUCUCAGCUCCUCACUUGUUUCUGCAGUGAAGGAGCAGCAGGAGUCUGGAUGAAUGAAUGAACGAAGAACUGCGGUGCAACAGGCUCCUGGGCUGAAAGUCCCUGAAGGCUCAUCCGCUCCUGUUGCACACAAACCGGCUGAGAUGUCCCUGCUGUGUGUCAGAGUGAAGAAAGCCAAACUACAUGGGCCUCCAGACAAGUUUAACGCCUACGUGACGUUGAAGGUGCAGAAUGUGAAGAGUACAACCAUCACAGUCCGCGGGGAUCAACCCUGCUGGGAACAAGACUUCAUGUUUGAGAUCAAUCACCUGGAGUCGGGUCUGGUGGUGGAGCUGUGGAACAAAGGUUUGAUCUGGGACACGAUGAUCGGCACAGCGCUGAUUCCGCUGGACAGCAUUCAACAGUCUGACGAGGAGGGACCAGGAGAGUGGACAUCUCUGGACUCUGAGGUGUUAAUGAGGGAGGAUGAGAUCUGCGGCACCUCCAACCCAACUCCACACCAAGUGCUGCUGGACACUCGCUUUGAGUUACCCUUCGACAUCCCAGAAGACGAGGCUCAGUACUGGACCAGUAAACUGGAGCGGAUCAAUACCAUGCAGAUACAUGACGAGUAUCCUCUGCAGGAAGACGUCCAGAGACGACGAAUGGCUUCCGUCCCCUCUCAGUGCUCUUUCGAUGACCAUGACAGUGCCAUGGACGACCGUGAUAGUGACUAUCGCAGCGAAACUAGCAACCGACCUCCACGUUUUCACAACGCCUCCCAGACAAAUUCCUCAGUUCACCAGUAUCCUAUAGGACGCAGGGUCCAGCAUCAAACCCUGUCCCGGGAGUCUGACUCCAUACACAGCUAUGAGCUAGACUAUAGAGAAAUGAGGGGGCCCAGCCCACCGGACAGCAGUCGGUUCGAUUCAUCAGGCAACCUCAGUCCGGUCAGCUCUCAGCUCAGCUCUGAACCUGAGGAACGCCCGUAUCCAGAGUCCUGCCCCCCCAAAGCUCCUCAUCCCCCUCUCCACAGCCAGCCGUCGACCUGGGACGAGGAAGAGGAGGAGGAGGAAGAGGAUGAGAAAGAGCUGCAUCCGCUCCCAGAGCCUGGUUCUAACAAAGUUUUAAAGGACUCUGCUGUCAAACCGAUCCCGGACAACCAUGACAACAAGACUCAGACUAAAGUCAGUUUCUUUGAAGACGGUCCUCCACCCUGUUCUCCAUCCAAAGUCCGCUGGCUGAAAGCAUACAACAAAGUGAGAGUACAGCUGCUCGAG